AUGCAGUCAGCAGAAGUGGGGGUCUGCUACAGACCACCUGACCAGGAGGACCAAGUGGACAAGGCCCUUCAUAGACAGAUAGGAAUUGCUGCUCGUUCACAAGCCCUGGUCGUCGUGGAGGACUUUAACCACUCCAAUAUCAGCUGGAGGGACAACACAGCAGGGCAUAAACAAUACAGGAGAUUCCUGGAAUUCAUCAAUGGUAACUUUCUCCUCCAAGCGAUAGAGGAACCAGUGAGGAAAGGUGCCAUGCUAGACCUUGUCCUCACCAACAGGGAGGGACUGGUGGGUGAUGUCAAGCUCAUGGGCAACCUUGGCUGUAGUGACCAUGAGGUGGUGGAGUUUAAGAUCCUAAGGUCAUCAAAGAAGGGGGCUCUCCUCAAGCUUGAGACCCUGGACUUCAGAAGAGCCGUCUUUGCCCUCUUCAGGAACCUCGUUGUGCUGUUUGACAUCUUUGUCAGUGACAUGGAGGGUGGCACUGAGUGCUCCCUCAGCAAGUUUGCCCAUGACACGAAGCUGUGUGGAGUCAUUGCCUUUUCUGGAGAGGAUUAUAAAUUACUGGGAGUGGAUUUAUCAGAGCUGUCUGAGCUGGAGAGAGCACUGGAGGAAGCAGGGCUGGACAGUGUAAUCCCUACCCUCUUCCUAGCAGAGGUGGUGCUCACCUACAUGGAGAACAGCAGGUCUGACGCCUUGAUUGGGUGGGCAGCAGAGCAUUUCUCACAGGCCUGCUUCCUGCUGUAUGAGCAGAUGUGCCCAGAUGACCCCUUUGGCCGUGUGAUGCAGCAGCAUUUCAGGCAGCUGAACUCCACGCUUUGUUCCUUGGCACAGUACCCUGAUGGCAAGGCACAGCAGAGGCGCUUUCUUGCACAG